ACAAAUCCAGGAAUGCAGGGAAUCAAGUUAUUCGUCUGCUAUAUCGAAAAAUAAAACGCAGAAUCUCUCAUCACUAACUGCAAUUCGUUAGCGGAAUUUUCGUACUGUUUUCUCCUUUUUAAUAGAGCCAAAUUGCGCAACUAUUUCGUUCUAUGUAGUGUAUUGGCUGCUUAUUCAAAGACAUUAUUCUCAUCUCAGCUGAGUCUCCCUGAUACUACUCUAACAAUGGUGAAUCCAAAGAAUUUGACAAUAAAAAUUUUUCGCGAAGAAUAAAAAUUCUGCAAAUAGAAUUUGGAAGCUGUCUGAACUAGAGAGGAGUAGUCCACUGAUUCCGAUAAUAAUUGAGAAAUUGCGGAGGAAAUGAUGACGAACUAUGGGCCAAAAUAUGUCUUCAGAAUUUUUGAAAUUCCUCGUGUGCUGUACACGAGCAAUUGAAAAAUUUAUCUGUGAUAAAUUUGUAAACCGAAAGGAUUGAAAUUGAGCGAUAGGAAUGGUGAACAUGGAAGAAUUAAUGAGAGAAAUGGAGAGCAUGAAGAUCACGGGUAACUCAGCAUCCGCACUUCUCUGGAAAAAAUGUGUCGACACAUUUGUUCCUCAAUGCAUGAGUGGAGUGGACAUGCCAUGUGUUGAAAAAGAUUUUCAAGACUAUCGAGCAACACUCGAUUGUAAUCUCACGGAAAUCUGUGGAGUGUUUCGUCGGCUUUUUUUGGAGUCUAAUGAAGGAGGGAAUGACGAAGAAGUGAUGAGGAUCAUUGUGAUACAUCUGAUUAUCACUGUUGGGGAGCAGAGCGAGAGGAGCCCUUGGAAUACUAAUGAAACCCCUGGGAUUGUUCAGAAUAUUAUGACUGAUAUUUGCGGAUUAAUUGGAAAUAGCAAUCUAUCUAGUGUCUUAUGUGGGCCUGAUGAUAAACUUCAGACAAUUUUGAUGAUUCUUAGGCCUAAACUGAUGAGCGAUACGUGGAAAACUUAUCCUGGCGCCGUAACUUGUUAUAAAUGGCUAUUAAAUCAAGUCGAGAUUCCUGGGCUGGCGAAAUAUUUAUCGAGCAUUCUUCCAACGGCAUUAAUUAUUUUCGACGAUUUUAUGCCAGAAAAUAGAAUUAUCGGGUUAGAAUGUAUCUACAGAAUAAUUCAACACUCUUCAACGCACAGAGAAUUUGUGGAAAAUGGCUAUGCUGAGGUUGUAUAUGAUGCUGUGGAAAAAUUGACACAUCAACGUGAUGUAAGAUAUGUCAUCCCAACGUUCAUUUGCAUCACACAUGUUUUGACUGCUAUUGAAAACAAUAAUGAUUCUUCGAGCAGAUUUGAGUGGACAAAGAGAGAUGACGUGAUAGCAACAAUUCUAGAUAAUAUGGAAAUGGAGCAGGACUUGGAUUUACGUCACGCAUACAUGACGAGUUUACCCCAACUUUUAACAGAUCUUGGAUGUGCCAAAUGGUUGCAAAGACUCAUUAGGAUACUUGAGGAAUACUGUAGUCAUCACACAGAUUUGAGAACUCUGAAAGCAACUCUGCAGACUGCAGAAGUUAUUCUCACCUUGUUCCACCUGCGGAUUCCAGCCCACUGCACCCCACUCUACACAGCAUUCCUCAAGCUCCAUUUGGAUCUAACCGAAACGCCAAUUUUCGAUAAAGAAAUAAUUAAUUGUUUAGGGCGAUGUAUUUAUACUUUAUAUCAAUUGACUCCAAAUGUUGGUUCGGUAAUAAUGCGAGAUGAUCGUAUUCGCGCUAUUAUUGAGGAUAGUCUGCUUUUUGCAUGUACUGGUGAUACAAAAUAUUGUAAUUAGAUGUCGUGAUAAUGAAUUAGUACUUAUAAUCACUUUUAGACGCGUAUCUAACGUGAAGUAAUGAAUUAAUUCGAAAAUACGCCAAUGUACAGUUAUUUUUCUCUUUCGUAGUUGAACGUCUUUGUAAUUUUCUAGUCUGAGAAAUUUAAUAAAAUUGUUUCUCUGAAUGAA